GCAGCCUAAGCCGGGAUUCCUCCACCCUGCUGUUAAAUAUAAAGAGCCGACAACACCUCUCUCCAGUCUCCACAACUUCCCUCACCUCUGCGCUAACACGAGAUCAUCUGAAGAGGACUGCAGGAGCCAUGAAAGGUCUAAAGGCUCUCACUGCUUACGCGCUGGCGCUCCUUCUGCUGGCCACGUUUGUCUCGUACGCGUGCAGUGCGCCCAAGGCUGCUUUCCAGCGCAGAAACUGGACCCCUCAAGCCAUGCUGUACCUUAAAGGAACACAGGGCCGCCGCUUUGUGUCAGAGGACAGGAACGAGGGGGAUGUAUAUGAUUCUCUUCACUUAGAAACAAGGAGUCAAAACACAGAGAACCUGAGCGUAUCUAAGGCGGCCACAGUCCUCCUUAACUUCCUCCAGCAGGUCAAAGAAGAAGGAGACGAUAACGGAUUGUUUUUUCAAGACAUACCAGCCUGGAAAAGAGACUACUUCUGAGACUCCUCCUGUGUAAAAUAGCUGAACUGUACAGUUUUUUCUUUCUUUCUUUUCACUCUGUCUCGUUAAACACAUCCACAAUAUUUAAUGCAAUGUAAAAUACCACAUGAUUUUUGAACUGCUGUACCUGGAGAGAAUGCCUGACUGUUCUUGUUUGAGUUGAUUAAAAAAAUAAAUGUGCAUUCAUA